AUGAGGCUUUAUAACAUUAACGUCAACCUGAUCCAAUUCAUUGAAAACCUCUACAACAAGGCCAAAAGUACAGUGUACCUUAGUGGCGGCAUAGGAGACUGUUUCAGAACCACAGUCGGAGUCAGAAAAGGGUGUUUAAUCUCACCGAAUCUUUUCAACACCUCUCAGGAGAGAAUUGUGACUGACGCACUAGAAGAGCAGCAAGGAACAAUCAGCAUCGGAGGCAAAACAAUUAGCAACUUUCGUUUUGCUGAUGACAUUGAUGGCCUGGCAGGAAAAGAGGAGGCACUAGCCUCCCUGGUGGAUCGCCUGGAUAAGACUUCUGCAGGAAAUUAG